CAAGAGCUGCUUUGUGUUUGUUGCUGCCGCAAGCAAAAUUCUACUUAAAUUAAGUAAAAUUAAAAUAAAUUCAAGAAAUACACGUUGUUUAAAUACCCACAAGUCGCAUCAUGGACCGUUUGCUACGUUUAGGCGGCGCUAUGCCACAGGCCGCACCACCAACAGAUGCGCCCGUCGUGGACACCGCUGAGCAGGUGUACAUCUCGUCUCUGGCGCUGUUAAAGAUGCUGAAGCACGGUCGUGCUGGUGUGCCCAUGGAGGUGAUGGGUCUGAUGCUGGGCGAGUUUGUGGAUGACUACACCGUCCAGGUUAUUGAUGUGUUUGCCAUGCCACAGACAGGCACGGGCGUCAGUGUGGAGGCUGUCGAUCCCGUUUUUCAGGCCAAAAUGUUGGACAUGCUUAAGCAGACGGGGCGACCCGAAAUGGUUGUCGGCUGGUAUCAUUCACAUCCUGGCUUUGGCUGCUGGCUGUCAGGCGUGGAUAUCAACACGCAGCAAUCCUUUGAAGCACUAUCAGAACGUGCCGUGGCCGUUGUCGUUGAUCCCAUACAGUCUGUCAAGGGCAAAGUGGUCAUCGAUGCCUUCCGCCUGAUUAAUCCGAAUAUGCUGGUGCUCGGUCAGGAGCCGCGCCAGACUACCUCGAAUUUGGGACACUUGCAGAAGCCAUCCGUGCAGGCACUGAUCCAUGGCCUGAAUCGUCACUAUUAUUCGAUCAGCAUUAACUACCGCAAGAACGAGCUCGAGCAGAAAAUGCUUCUGAAUUUGCACAAAAAGUCCUGGAAGGAUGGACUAACACUCGCCGACUACAACGAGCACUGCUCCAUUAAUGAGGAUACAGUGGCUGAAAUGCUCGAUUUGGCCAAGAACUAUAACAAGUCACUCGAGGAUGAGGAGAAAAUGACACCCGAGCAGCUGGCGAUCAAGAAUGUGGGCAAACAGGACCCGAAACGGCAUUUGGAAGAGAAAGUUGAUAAGGUCAUGCAAAAUAAUAUUGUACAGUGCUUAGGAGCUAUGCUGGACACAAUUGUCUUUAAAUAAAAUUGCAUUUGCUAUUACAAAGGAAAACAAAAACCAACCCCCAAAAACAUACAUAC